AUGGAAAACCCUGGUCAAUCUGAAGACCUACCCAAGGAACCCUCCUCACUCCUCCCAGCGGCUACCACCAGCAAGCCAAAAGAUCCCAUAACCUGCCACGUCCUCGACCUCGUCAGCGGCGUCCCUGCUCCGGGCCUUUCAGUCUCCCUCACCCUUCUCAAGCCAUUUGGUCCCUCGGCCGCCUUCAAGGCCCUCACCAACGCAGACGGUCGAAUUUCGAGCUGGGAAGCCCCAGACGGUCCAUCCUUAGCCGAGAUUUUCGAGAAUCUACAUGAGCAUCCGGAAGGCGGAAUGGUAUGGUCGUUGAAAUUUGAGACGGGAAAGUACUAUGGGAUGGGUAAUACCUUUUUCCCAGAAGUGGAGGUCAAAUUUUCGUUAUACUACAUAUCGAGGAAGCUGAGACAAUGGCUCGACCGCAAUGAGCAACGGAUAUUUUGGGACUAUCUGAGGAUCCAUUAA